AUGGCCGGGGAGGCGACGUGCCCCUUCCCGCUGCUGGUGGAGGGGGCCUGGGGGGGCUCGGGGCUCCCCAAGAACCUAAAGAAAAAACUCCUCUGCUACUUCCAGAGCGGGAAGAAAUCCGGAGGGGGGGAGUGCGAGAUCCAGGAGCGGCCCGGCCAGGUCCUGGUUUGCUUCGCCCAGGAGGAAGUGAGGCAGCGAGUUCUUAACAAAAAGACCCAUGAGCUUGACUGGGCAGCGAAAGGAAAAUUAAAGCUGGUUGUCAUGCAUCCUGAAACAGGUGCAACCAAAAAAGAUGUGUCUGGGGAAGUGCCGGGUCCUAAAGAGGAGUCCGAGACACCAAGCAAACCCCAAGAACCAGUCGGCUUUGAUGAUGGGAAUUCUGUGUCUGUAGAGCAGGAAAAGAGGACAGGGAAUUUGGGAAAAGAGAUGACAUCCUCUGAGCAAUCCACUGUAGUAAUCAUCACUGCCCCAGGGGAGGAAAUUGAUGAUGACCUUGUGAGCAUGUACUUAGAAAAUAAAAUGCGGUCAGGUGGGGGACCCAUCAAGUCCUGCAUCAGAAAUAAUCAACAAAUAAUCAUCACCUUUGAAAAUGCUGAAGAUGCACAAGAAGUCUUGGGAAAAAAGGAUCACUCAGUAAAGAAAAUUGCACUCCAUGUGAAACCAUGGCAAGCGGAGAAUAUCCAAGAACUCCCACAAAUGGCUUCAUCCCUAGUUGUACUUGAAAAUAUACAAGAGACUGUAAAACAAUACAUGUUAACUAUACUGGUGGAGAACAUCAGUGGCUUAUCAGAAGAUGACCAUGACUUCAGUAUGGAAAUGAUACCUGAAAUUAAUGCGGCUGUCGUUACAUUUAUCAAAGAUAUUGAUCUAAGGGAAUUUGUUGAAAAGUUCAACCAAAACCAUAGGGCAAAGCAACAAAAUAUUACAGCGCGGCAUCUUGAGGUGACAAAAAGCAUUAAGGCUGAAAAUUUACCACCUAACAUAUCUAAUGACUAUAUAACUGUCUACUUUGAAAGUAAAAGAAAUGGAAGUGCACAAGUGUCAAAUGUUGAACAGUUACCUGAAGAGAAUUCAGCUAUCAUUACUUUUCAUGAUCAGAAAGAUGUAAACACUGUCUUGGCAAAGCAGCAUUCACUCAACAAAGUACCAAUUUCUGUGUAUCCGUACUACAGCUCAUUGGGUACAGCUCUAUAUGGAAUGGAAAGGCCUCAAAUAGAGAUGCCAGAACCAAUUACAAUGUCUCUGGAUCCUUACAUCUGGCAGUUUUUACAGACAGAUAAUAGGCUAAUCCAGGAAAUAAAUCAUGAAAUGGCAGAUUGCAAAUGUGAACUAAUGUGGCCUCAACCCAACCGUGCAAAUCCAGAAAUAACACUGUGUCCCUCAGAUGCCUUAUCUAAACAGAGAUCAAUGAUCAGGUCGAUCAAGACAUGGAAUGAAGAUGUUACUAAAAAGUUCUCAUGUAGCAUGUCAAAGUACAAGGCCAUUAAAUGUGAAGUAAAUUCAGUGGUGUGGGAAGCCAUAAGAAACAGCUUGGUAAAAGAUGGUGUUUUGAUCGUACCUGACAUUUCCAAGAACAUGGUUGUCUUAGUAGGUAACACAGAGAUUAUGAAGGGUGCAGAGCAAGAACUGAAGGAGCUAAUAGAAAAUGCCAGGAAAAAAAUUGAAAGAGAAAAGCAGAGCAUAGAACAAACUCUGUCAGUUGGCCCAGGAAAGUAUGCAAUUUUACACCUUGCUGGGCUAGAGGAGAAUGUUUACAAGGAGUACCCGUCUCUGAAGAUAUGUUGUGAUGCAUCGUCAAAGAGUAUUCGUCUGUGUGGAGUGGCUGCAGAAGUAUUUAAAGUCAAAAGUGAAAUACUAGAAAAAGUGCACAGCAUGGCACAGAAAUCAAUCAAUGUCCAUCCUUACAUUUUCCAGUUCCUACAACAUGUAGAUAAUGAAGCUCUGUCACAGCACUUAUUUAUGUCAAAUCAAAUUAUUGCCUUUUAUGAGCUUGGCACUGAUAACAUAAUGCUGAUAGCAGGUUCUCCUGAAGUUCUUCUAGAUGCAGAAGAAGAAAUUAAGAAGGAUUUGAUUUACAAAUGCAUUGACCUGGAGGACAACUCAGUCCUCAAAAAGAGAGAAUGGAGGGAGCUCAUCAGUCAUUUGUACAAGGCACAUAACUGUUCCAAAGAAACUGUAAUAAUUGUUGAGUCGGAGAAUCAAGUAGUCAUUGCUGGUUAUUUCAGAGCAGUAGCAGAAGCAUAUCAGCAACUUUCUGAUUUUGUAGAUAAACACAUUCAGGUACAAAAAGUCAUAAUAGCUAAGUCUGUGGCAGUUGUAAUGUUUCUGGAGAAGGAAAAGUCCAAUAUUUGGCUUGAAUUAAAAAAGAAAGGUGUGAAAAUUGAAUUUGGCACACAGAAUAAACGUAAAGGUAUUUCCCUGAGUGGACCGAGAGUGGAAGUGUUCCAGGCGGUCACCAAACUUGAACAAAUUCUGUCUUCUCUACAUUCAGAAAAUGUGGUAAUUGAUAAACCAGGGGCCAAGGUGUUUUUUAAAGAACAAGAACACUUGUAUGUGACUGGUGUGAAACAACAAUUUAACUGUCUGAUCAGGCUGCAAGAAGAUGGAGAAGAACAAAGAGAAGAUGGUGAAGUUAGUAAUGUGUAUAAGAAACAAGGCCAGCCCCACUGUGAAAAGAUCCUGCAAGAUGGAGUUGCAGUAGCAGUUUAUAAAGGGGACUUGUGCAGUCAUCCAGCUGACGUUGUGGUGAAUGCAUCAAAUGAGGACUUAAAGCAUAUUGGUGGCCUUGCUGAGGCCCUUUCAAAAGCUGCAGGGCCAGAACUACAAACAGAAUGUGACCGUAUUGUGCGGAAACGAGGCCCUUUGCAGCCUGGCUGUGCUGUUAUUACAGAUGCUGGGAACCUCCCCUGUAAACAGGUGAUUCAUGCUGUUGGGCCCAGGUGGAGGGAUCACGAGGCAGAAAAGUGCGUGCGCCUGUUAAAAAGAGCAGUAAAGGAAAGCCUACGCCUGGCUGAAACGUACAAUCAUCAUUCCAUAGCCAUCCCGGCUCUCAGCUCUGGGAUAUUUGGAUUCCCAUUAAAACUGUGUGCACAUUCAAUUGCAACAUCUAUCAAGGAAACCUUGGAAGAUUCUCCGGGGGAAAGCUGCUUGAAAGAGAUUCAUCUUGUGGACUCUUCAGAGAAAACAGUUCAGGCUUUCACGGAUGCCUUCAAAGAUGUGUUUAGAGAUAAAUCACCCCGACACAUUUCGUCACCUCCAUCUGAAGCAGCCUUCAAGCCCAGAAAAAGUAGAAAUGCUCGAAGUAGAAAGGGUCUCCAGAUGGUAACAACCGAUGAAGGAUUAAGCAUCAUACUGGAGAUAGGAGGCAUUGAAGAUGCUACAACGGACGUCAUCGUAAACAGCGUUGCCCGAGAUCUACAGCUUGAUAAAGGUCCACUUUCUAAAGCCUUGCUGAGCAAGGCAGGUCCAAUGCUCCAAGCACAAUUAUGUGAAGAAGGGCUAGCAAAAGUAGCUAGUGAAGGGUCUGUGUUCAAAACAGAUGGAUGUAAUCUGGGCUGCCGUUUCGUGCUUCAUGCCAUUGUUCCUGGAUGGAAAAAUGGGCAAGAAUCUGUACAGAAGCUCCUAAGAGACAUCAUCACAGAAUGUCUUCAGACUGCUGAGCAACUGUCUUUAAAGUCAAUCACAUUCCCAGCAAUUGGAACAGGGAAUUUAGGGUUUCCUAAGCCUGUUGUUGCUAAAUUAAUGUUUGACCAGGUGUUCGAAUUCAGUCAUAAAAAAAAUUUUCAGUCUCUUCAGGACGUUCACUUUCUGUUGUAUCCAAAUGAUACAGAUAAUAUUCAGGCGUUUUCAGAUGAACUGCAAAAUAGAGCAAGUGGAAAUAUUACCAAUGUCAAAAUGCACAAGCCUGUGCCAGAGAAUACCCAGCAAGGACAAGCUUUCUUUGGGCCCAUUUCAACCCCAAAACAGGGAGUGCAUAAAGUGCAGAUUGGUUCCAUUACAUUCCAAAUAGCAAGUGGGGACAUUACCACGCAAAAGACAGAUGUCAUUGUAAACAUAUCAAAUCAAACGUUUAACCUCAAAACAGGUGUCUCUAAGGCAAUUCUGGAAGGUGCUGGCCCACAGGUUGAAGCAGAAUGUGCUCAGCUAGCCUCACAACCUCACGAUGACCUUAUAACCACACAAGCAGGAAACCUGAUGUGCAAAAAAAUAAUUCAUCUUGUUGCCCAGAACGAUACCAAAUCUUUAGUCUCCAAAGUGCUCCAGGAGUGUGAACUGAAGAAGUAUACAUCGGUUGCCUUCCCAGCAAUUGGAACAGGUCAGGCAGGCCUUGAUCCAGCAGUAGUAGCUGAUAACAUGAUGGAUGCUGUAGUUGAUUUUGCAAGUGAUAAAUCUGUUCAAAUUGUAAAAAAGAUUAAAAUUAUCAUCUUCCAGCCACAACUACUAAGUGUGUUCCAUGCAAACAUGCAGAAAAGAAAAGGUACUGCUAAUGUACCUGAUGCACCUGCAUCAGAGUCCUUCUUCUCAAAAUGCGCUUCAUUCUUCGGCUUGGGAAAACGUGCUACAGAAAAAAAGCCUGCAAUGGUUUUGCAAAAGAAAAUUGAGAGAACUGUUUUUCAGAUUUGUGGUGAAAGCCAAAAAAACAUGGAAGAUGCUAUAUCCUGGAUUAAAAACCUGAUUUUAAAGGAACAGCAUGAAAACACUAUCUCAGAUGAAUGGAUUUCAAGCUUUGAUGUCCAGGAAUGUAAGGAACUGGCAGACCUCCAGAAGAAACUGUCCAUUCAGCUGGAAUACAAGUAUCCUGUGCCUUUAAUUCGAGUUUCUGGUGUUACCAAAGACGUCUUGCGUGCUUGCUUGGAAAUUCAAGAAAUGAUCAAAAGAGUUAGAGCUGUUCAAGAAGAACAGUCCAAGGCAGAACUUGUCAGCAACCUAGUUGAGUGGCAAUAUUUAAAAAAUAAUCAAUACCUGCCUUUUGACAGCCUAACAAAUCUACGCUUAGAGGAUGCUGCAGCAUUAAACCAAAAAGAGAUUAACAUCACCAUUUGGAAUAAAAACUAUCAAGUGGAUCUGGAAGCCAAACGUGCUAUAGAUGACACAGGGAAAAUUAUGGCCAUUCUACGAAUCUCAAAAGAUGAAGGUAAAUUAGUAGCUCUCCCUGAAGAGUGGUGUGAUAUGAAACAAGAACGUGUCAAAGUGGUGGAGUUACAUCAAGAAAUGAAAGAAUAUCGAGAUGUUCAGAUGAAGUUUCAACAGACGUGUUCAGCAUUCAAAAUUGAAAAGAUUGAAAGGAUACAAAAUCCUUACUACUGGCAGGCCUACCAAAUAAAAAAGCAGGAGAUGGAUUCCAAAAAUGGCAAUACAAAUAAUGAGAGGCUUCUAUUUCAUGGAACAACGAAUGGCUCAUUAACCAUUAUUAAUAAUAAGGGAUUUAAUCGCAGUUACGCCGGAAUGAAUGCUGCAUGCUACGGGAAUGGAACCUACUUUGCUGUCAAUGCCAAUUAUUCUGCCCAGGAUACCUACUCAAAACCAGAUGCAAAUGGGAAAAAAUACAUGUACCUGGCCCGAGUCCUCGUUGGAGAAUAUUGUGCUGGACAGAAAGGAAUAAUUGCACCACCAUCAAAAAACAACACUGAUCCAACAGAUCUGUUUGAUAGUGUGACUGACAAUAAGCCAAAUCCAUCAAUGUUUGUCAUAUUUAAUGACAUUCAAGCUUACCCAGAAUAUCUUAUUACUUUCACUAAAUAAGCAUUCUUUGUUACAUGCAAGAGACUUUUAAUCUUUAUUUUGUAAGAUUACCUCAAAGACCGUAAGUUAAUGAGAAAAAAUUGGCAAUGAAAGAUGGUAAAACAUAUUUUACUAUGUUAGCUUUUUAAAGUUUGAUUGUUAUGUAUAUGCCCAGUUGCUUAAAUAUACUUUUGUAAUAGUCAAAAAACAAGAGAGCCUACUUAUAAAAAAUAUUUGCAACUACUGGAACAGGGGUGAGCAAACUACAGCCCGGGGGCCACAUCCAGCCCUUCAGACAUUUUAAUCCGGCCCUCGAGCUCUCGCUGAGGAGCGGGAUCCAGGGCUUGCCCCACUCUGGUGCUCCAGCCAGGGAGCGGAGUCGGGGGGUUGCCCCAUUCCGCACGUGCCAAGGCUCUGCACGACUCCCAGAAACCGUGGCAUGUCCCCCCUCUGGCUCCUAAGCAUAGGGGCAGCCAGGGGGUUCGCACGCUGCCCCGCCCAAAUGCCCAAAUGCAGCACCUGCAGCUCCCAUUGGCUGGGAACCGCGGCCAAUGGAAGCUGCAGGGGCAGCACCUAUGGAUGUGGCAGCGCGCAGAGCCGCCUGGCCGUGCUUCCAUAUAGGAGCUGGAGAGGGGGCAUGCCACUGCUUCCAGGAACUGCUUGAGGUAAGCACUGCCCAUAGUCUGCAUCCCUGACCCCUUCCAGCCCCCCAACUCCGUGCCCCAUCCCUGAUCCCCCUCCCACCCUCCAAACCUCUUGGUCCCAGCUUGGAACACCCCCAACCCCUCAUCCCCAGCCCCACCCCAGAGCCCACACACCCAGCCGGAGCCCUCACACCCACCCCCACACCUCAACUCUCUGCCCCAGCCCGGAGCCCCCUCCCACACCCUGAACUCAUUUCUAGCCCCACCCCAGAACCCGCACCCCAGCCAGAGCCCUCACCCCCUCCCACACCCCAACCCCCAAUUUUGUGAGCAUUCGUGGCCUGCCGUACAAUUUCCAUACCCAGAUGUGGCCCUCGGGCCAGAAAGUUUGCCCACCACUGUACUAGAACAUGCUAACCGUUUACACUGCAUGAAGUUUCGAGUUCAGUUUUCAAAAAUGAAAACUGCUCAAUUACAUUACAUAUCAACCCAAUGAAAAAUAUUCUUGCAGUGUAUCCAAACACAUUUUAAUUAUUAGUCUUUCUUAUUCAGAAUUAUGACUGAGCACAACUAAUAAUUCUACAAGCCAGGUAUUCAUUUCAUGAGUUUGUAUAUUUUACAGCAGUGUCUGACACUGUAAAUCAAGGAACAAAUAAACUUAGAAUAAUACCAAUUAAUAAGUGAAUGUCCUAAGCCUUAUGAUGCUAAUAUACUGAACAAUUGUACUUCAGGCAGUUAGCUUCUUACUCUGCAUCUGCAGUCAAGAUGUCAUCAUGUUAUAUUUAUAGUACCUGCAAUAAAGCUGAAUUAGUUACAGUAAA